UGCUUGCUUCUUUAUUCACAACAUUCACACAAAAAGCGGCAAAAUUGUGGCUCUCUCGAAAGGAUAAAAUUCUGUGUGAUUCUGUGCUUUUAAUCCCCCGUUCGUAACUGAGAGAAAGCGGUGCGUCGAGCGAGACGGCGGUGCACCUUUUGGAAGUGGUUUUGCGCUGACGCAAACACGUUUACGUGUGGUUUGUGAUAAGCAAAAUGUGCCCGGGAUUUGCUGUACCGUCUCGUCAAAUAACUAAAUUUUCAUAAUCGAUCGAUAGGCAGUCCCGUGGCUUCCCUGUUUGUUGUUUGUUUAGUGUGCUGAAGGUCGCGCAAUCAGUGGAAUCAGCAGUUCUCGCAAGCUGUGUCGUAGUGUACUUGGAUUCCGGAACCGGGAAACGGCAGAAUAUCCUGCCGAUUCCUGGAACAUGCUUCUCGGUGCUAGUCGACUGAAAAUGAGAACAUUCGCUUACGGGAACAAGCCGCAGCAUCACAGCCACGACAGUGAACGCGUUUGGCCGACUGGCGAAGGCCUCCUACCGCCGGCGGGUACUAGCUACGAGAACCAUGCUUUCUCGGGCAGCAGUGCCACGCUACUAAUCAACAGCGGAAGUUAAUGUAGAUUAAGGAACCUAUACGGGCGGAGCAGAGCUUUUGCGGUUCGCGUUUUGCACUUCAAUACGACUUGCCAUCAGCAACAGCAACAGCAGCAGCAGCAGUAGCGCAACCUUUGUGCCUAAUUUCGUAAAGAAUCCAAACAAGAAUUCCUAACCACGAACCGCCGCAUCGCAGACAGAGCAAGAAGCUUACAUUCCGAGUUCUGUUAAGUGGAACAUUUUAGACACAGAGAAACGCCUCCUCCUCUUAUCCCCACCUCGCCACAUGUUACCCCGGAUACGUGUUUCGUUGGAUCUGGCGAUGCUGGGUGGUACAAUAAAUUGCAUGAGCUAAAAUCGCACUAUUCUGUGCCACGGCGCUUACGACGGCUAAUAACAACCGAUUCUAGCGACGACAACAACUAAAGCAAACAAAGAACGAAACAACUGGAACUUGACACAGCUGUACCAUCAUUUGGGCCACUAAUUUGAAACUGGAAAUUGAACGCAAAACGAUGGACGAAAAGGAGGUAAACUUUUUGCCGAAACCGAAAAUGCCGGAAGUUGGAUGCUUUCGUUCAAUCUGUGACCGCUGCUAGAUGAAAUCCGUGGGUAGCCUUGAGUGAACGAUCAUAAAAAAUCUCGAAGGAUUCCAUCUAGUGUAUUUUAACUUCAUCUGUUCGACGACCAAUACAAUGGAAAACUCUGAAAUACGCACCGUCCAAAGAGACCUUAUCCCGGCCCGGGUGGUGCUCUACAUCCUAUCAUGGUCGGGUUUCCUGGUUUCGUUCGUCAUGCGCAAUGACAUCAACUUUGCGCUGGUGGCAAUGGUGGAGGAUUCGGUUACAGACGCCAACAGUACCGAUCAUUGUUCGAGCUCAAGCCUGAUGAGCUCGUUUGCGAGCAACCGAUCGGAAAAUCCAUUCUCCGCCUCAUCAUUAGGUGAGCUGAACGAUACGUUGCUGGAGAAUUCGUCCGUGAUGGGCGAUGUGAAGUUCGACUGGGACUCGACGGUGCAAGCCAUUAUCAAAUCAUCCUUCUACUGGUGCUACGUCCUGUCGCAGGUAGUCGGUGGUGUAGCGACACAGUACUUCGGUACGAAGAGCGUGUUCGGCUGGUCGCAGUUCAUAACGGCCGCCUGCAGUUUAUUGAUACCAAACGCCGCCGAUAUGCAUUAUGGUGCCGUGAUCUUCUUACGUUCGGUGCAGGGUUUCGCGAGUGGUUUGACUUGGCCGGCCAUGUACGCUAUCGUUGGCUACUGGAUACCGCCAGUUGAGCGUAGCCGGUUUAUGAGCAGUUUCCAGGGCUUCAGUAUUGGCAUCGGACUAACGUAUCCGCUCUGUGGGUUCAUCAUUGCUCACUUCGGUUGGCGCCAGGUGUUCUACACGACCGGCUCGAUCGGUAUGGUGUGGUGUGUGUUUUGGUACCUGCUGGCGUACAACACACCGCAGGAGCAUCCUCGCAUCACCCCGGAGGAGCUAGAGUACAUUGAGCUGAACGUCAGCGAGGACAUUAAGAAUGGCCAAGGAAUGCGAGUACCGUGGCGUCGUAUCUUCACUUCGAUGCCGGUUUGGGCAAUCGGACUAACGACAUUCGGGCGCAUCUGGGUGCACUACACGUUCAUCAUGUCGGGCCCGGAGUACAUGCAGAAGAUCUUCUGCUUCGACAUACAGCAGAACGGACUCCUUUCUGGGGCACCGUUCCUGUGUUCGUACCUGUCCUCGGUGCUGUUCUGCUAUAUCGCCGACAUCCUUAUGGACCGUAAGACGCUCUCGCUGACGAAUGUUCGCAAACUUUUUACCGCGCUAUCGCAAAUCGUGCCCGGUGUGCUGGUGCUGCUGGUCGGCUACCUUGGCUAUCAGAUCGUUACGGUGCUGAUCUUGUGGUUUGUGGCUGUCACCUUCAUCACGGCGUCGUAUGCUGGCGCGAUGGCCAACAUCGUUGACAUUGCACCGAACCUCGCCGGACCGGUGCUGGCAUUCGCACAAACCAUCCACAUGACGGCCUCCUUCGUGCAGCCGCUCGUGACCGGCUUUAUGGUUACGGACUCGCAAAACAUCAAUCAAUGGUUGCACGUGUUUGGCGUUUCUUCGGUAGUCGCGAUCAGUACCUAUGUCAUCUAUCAGGUGUUCGGGACGGCAGAAAUUCAAUCCUGGAACUAUCCCGACAGUGAUCCGGAAAUCUCUUCGUCAGACGACUCGGCGGUCAUCGCGAAUCAACCAAUGAUCAAAGUGGAACCGGGACUUAAGUUUGAUGACGAUGAUGAUGAUUGAGAAAUAUGUAUGAAUGGUUGCAGCCUUCCGUGAGAAUCUUUGCACAGAAGUUGGAUUUGAUUUGUUUUUCUUUCUGUUGUUUCCUCUACACUGCCAUCCACUGAUCGGCAACAUAGAGCACUGCGAAUACAAUUUUACAAUCAUCACUAACACGAGGAAUAUGAUGUCAUAUUGCAGGCAUGAUAGAAAUCUAACAGAAAUGGCGGGUUCCGUACAGUAACCGCCGGCGAUAAGAAUCGGAUCGGAGCGUGAAAGUAUCGCCCAUAGCAUAGCAGAUUUCAAUGACGCACUACGAUACAAGUGAAAGGGAAAAUAAUGAAUUGUUCAGAGCUAUAACUUCUUCUAGAUCAGCGUAUAAUGUUGAAGUACUACAAAAGGUUAAACGUAAGUUUAUAAUCGAUACUGACCAGCAUGUUAUGUCUAAAUCCGGUUACAGAUGUGUUACGCAGCGAGUAAGCUUGGUAAUUGCGAAUCAUUUUUUUUUCGGCGCAAAGUAAUGUCCCGUUCCGUUCCAUCAGUAACUAACAAUUAGUACCAGCGCGUGUUAGCGGUUUUCCGAUCGAAAAGAAUUUCUCUUCCGUAGACGAGGGCUAUCAGUUAUAGGCAGGCGCAAGAGGAAUGUUGGCUGGACUUUCUUACGAGAUUGUGAUUCACGCUCAUUAUUAUUAGUUGAUAGACAGAUUCAGACAUUGCCAUUCGAUUGUUAACUUUAUGCUUAGGUUACGGUAAAAGAAGGGUGGUACCCAGCCUUAAGCUACUAUCCGUAUCGGCCGUUAUCCCAUCUAAUGUGCAUGGCGACCGACUUAGUCUUAAUUUUAAUUUUUUUGUUGAUUGAUUUCUUCACAUUAUUGCACUUUCUUUUCUCAAACGACACUACUAUAAGUGACAGUAAUGGUGACGACGUGUUGGUGACAGUACGGUAAAAAUUUAGAGGAAAGGUGCGCCGUCGCGAUGCCUGUCGCGAUAAGGCGGAUAGGUGAGGUUCUGUGCAGGUGCUAGAGCUAUACUUAAUCGUUAAUAAACGUACAUUGUUACCACUCCUUGGAGCAAAUUCGAUUGUUAGUAGCAGUUACAAACAGUAACACACAUUCACACAGUAGUAACCUACGUAUAUUACGAGAGGAGAGAAUUCAAUACAAAGCAGGUACAAUGGGCUCCUCACAGGGAAUGGAAAGAACAGUAAUAGAUGCUCAUGUUCAGUCAACGAUGUAAAGCAAUGGAGAAACUUGAGAAAAUGAACCAUGUGCCUGUCGCAGUUGCAACUGCGUACGAAAAUCCAAGUUUCCCCAUGAGCAAGCGAUGCGGGAUUGUUAAUCGUAUGACUGGAUCGAGGGUAAUUCAAACGUUCCAAUAAAGUAUCCUUCACUUUGAAGCACGUGCCACUGGUGGAGACAGGCAACACUGUUUCUAAGUUAAGAUGGUGCAGCGAGGUAGAAGAAAAAAAAAUCUUCCGUGGUGUAUUGUAAAAUCAUAGCAGGUCGGCAAAAGUAAAUCAUUCUCAUUGACUGAAGGAUUAUCGAAGAAGUUGAAAGUGAAAAUUGUGAUCUCAUAAAUCUACUCGUUUGUGACAAUUGCAUGAUACGGACAGCAUGUAAGAAAACCUCUGAAUAUGCUCCAUAUAUGUCCCACUUUUCUCUACCUGCCAGUAAUAGUUUUGAAUUCUAGUAAGAAUGGUGUUCGGUGCGAUCAGUGCAGUAUGCGAUAGAGUGAGUUGUGACUUCAUCGGGAGCGCAUGUUACAGAAAAGAAAACUUGUAGAAAAUGAACACAAUGCACAAUCUGAUUAAAAUAUGUGUAAAUAUAAAUGCUAAAGGUUUAGUGCAAUGAAACAUUUUGAAAGAAACCUAGUCGGUAUACCUUUUUUCUAACUUCAAGGAAUGCUUGGAUCUCCGACAUAGCUGAAAUCAAAUGAAUGCGGCAUUCCAAUCCCCACGAAACGUGUAGGAAGACAGAGGAGUAUA